AAAACAAAAGCAUAUCUAGUAAUGAAAUUCUGGUCCCAAAACGGUUGCUUACUCUCCCGUUUUUAUUAGGUUAAUAAAAUUUACGUACAUUUUCUAAAUUUUAAGAUGCAACAGGAAGACCACAGGGUCGAGGCAGUAGCCCAUUUGUCAAAUUCAAAAAAUAUGGACAUGGAUAGUUUGUACGAAAUGCCAUUCUGGUACCCGGAAUGUCAAGCGAAGCCUCGGCACGGUUUAAUGGGCGAUAUACGGGAUUUGGCCGUAACUCGUCUUCCACCGGAGGCAACACCUACCAGGAGCAGUUCGCAACAGUUCGCGAAUCCGCUUUUUCACUGGACACCGAAGCACCCGGAUUUUUACAAGGAGUUCGACGUUAAGAGUAUUCCUCCGCCGACGUACGACUUUUACAACGAGGUCAAGAGGAGAGACGCUCUGUCCCUGAAUGAGACAGUAGAAGAAAAUCGAAAAUCGACCAGCACGAAGUCCUGGGGAGACAGGUAUUCAGCAGUCACCGAACAACGGUUGACGUGUGGGCCUAACUUCAACAAUAGCCCAGGAUGUGAUCCUCUUCGGAAAUCAGUGCUCGACAAAUAACCUUAAUGGGUCUUGUGUGAUAUAAAAAAUAAAUA